AUGGAUAUUGAGGGAGAAAAGAAGAUGUUGGAUGUUGGGGUGAAUGAAGAGAGUGUUGGGGGGUAUAAUGAGUUGAAGAAUUUGGAAAGAAAUGAGGUUUUUGAGGAGGCUAUAGACCCGGUUAAACAUUUCAAUGAUCAGGUUGAUGAUAUUGUUGGUGAAGGCGAUGUUGCUGAUACUGUUACUGCAUUGCCUUUGGCUUUGGUUGAUGAAAUGCGUGAUAAAGCAGAUGAACUUGAUAAUUUUCAUGAGGCAAUUGAGGUUGCAGAUGCUCGCGUCGAAAUUUUGAAGGAUGAGAUGGAAGUUGAAGUGGUUGCUAAUCAGGAUGUGCUUGAUGAUCGGUGUUUGGAAAGUAGUAGUGAUUUUAGUGGUGGAAAGGAAAUAGCUGAUUUAAACACGGAUGGAAGUGUGGCUUUUCAGGAGGCCAGAGGCUUGGUGAAUAGAAACUCUGGUUUAUUGAGUGGGAAGGAUGAAAAUGAGGAUCUUGUAUUCAUGACUCCCAAACUAAAUAGUGGUAUGCGUCUUGGAAAUGGAAACUUUGGUUUAUUGAGUGGGAAGGAUGAAAACGAGGAUCUUGAAUUCAUGACUCCCAAACUAAAUGGUGGCAUGCUUUUUGAAAAUGGAAACUUUGGUUUAUUGAGUGGGAAGGAUGAAAAUGACGAUCUUGAAUUCAUGACUCCCAAACUAAAUGGUGCUCUGCUUUUUGGAAAUGGAAACUCUGGUUUAUUAAGUGGGAAGGAUGAAAAUGACGAUCUUGAAUUCAUGACUCCUAAACAAAAUGGAAACAAGGUGGAUUAUGAUGUUGCUGAGUUUCAUACAGAAUCUGGAUCCAUUGAGGAUAUGAGAAACCAGGGUGCUGAUGCCGGGUAUUUGAAAGAGGGUGGUUUGGAUCCCAAUCUCAGGGAUGACAAAAUAGAGGAACAAUGUAAUGCUUCCAGUGACCCUUGUGGUGAAAUUCAAAAUAGUUCAGCUCAUGGGGAUUUAGAACCUAAUGGUGAAAUAUUUAUAGAAAUGGAUGAUGAGACCGUUGGCACUGAUAUUAGCCACGGGGAUACGGAUGGCAAAGAAAUGGGAAUAUCUGAUACUCAGAUGACUGAAUGCAGAGAUUAUGGUAAUGAUGAAACUAAGGAUAUGGAAACAAUUGGUGAAAUAGGAGAUUUUUCUCCGGUUGUAGAUGAAAGAAAAGUGAUUGAAACUACUGGAAGCUCAUCCCAAUCAGAAAAUUCUUUUGCUACUGAGGUGCCGGCUGUGCAGACUACUGCAACUAAUUCAGAAGAAGAAAGCAUGGAUGUUUACAGAUCUAAGGUUUCUAAUGAAGAAAGUCAAGGAAAUAAUGAAAACUUAUCUGUUGUUGGGGAACCUAAAAAGAUACUUGAGAAUAAUAGGAAAGAGAAACAAACGACCCAGAUCACCCAAGAACAGAAUAGAGAGUUUGUUUCCUCAUCUGGAAAAUCUGUUGCUAUUAGCACCCCUCUUGUUCAUCCUGCUGGCCUUGGAUCUUCAGCUCCAUUAUUGAAACCUGCUCCCCGAGUAGUGCAGCAGGCGCGGGCGAAUUAUACUGUAUCUAAUACGCAGUCCCAAAAAGUGGAAGAUUCCUCAACUGUGGAGGCUGAGGAGUAUGACGAGACUCGAGAAAAACUUCAAAUGAUUAGGGUGAAGUUUUUGCGGUUGGCUAAUAGGUUCGGGCAGACUCCCCACAAUGUUGUUGUAGCACAAGUUUUGUAUAGAUUAGGACUGGCUGAACAGCUCAGAGGGAGGAAUGGGGGGCGUGUUGGCGCAUUUAGCUUUGAUCGUGCAAGUGCAAUGGCCGAGCAACUCGAAUCAGCGGGUCAAGAACUGCUUGAUUUCUCUUGUACAAUAAUGAUUAUUGGAAAGACAGGAGUUGGAAAAAGUGCAACUAUCAAUUCUAUCUUUGAUGAAGUUAAAUUUAAUACCGAUGCUUUUAAUAUGGGAACAAAAAAGGUUCAGGAUGUUGUGGGAACAGUACAGGGCAUUAAAGUCCGAGUCAUUGAUACACCAGGACUUCUACCUUCCUGGUCAGACCAGCGACAUAAUGUGAAGAUCUUGCACUCUGUCAAGCGCUUUAUUAAAAAAUCACCACCCGAUAUUGUGCUGUAUCUUGAUAGAAUAGAUACGCCGAGCCGGGAUUUUAGUGAUAUGCCGCUCUUGCGCACGAUUACUGACAUUUUUGGACCAUCCAUAUGGUUCAAUGCUAUCGUGGGAUUGACUCAUGCAGCAUCUGCACCACCUGAUGGCCCUAAUGGUGCUCCUUCUAGUUAUGACAUGUUUGUCACACAGCGCUCUCAUGUUGUGCAGCAAGCCAUUCGUCAAGCAGCUGGUGAUAUGCGCCUCGUGAAUCCUGUAUCGUUGGUGGAGAACCACUCUGCAUGCAGAAUUGAUACGUCCGGCCAAAGAGUGUUGCCUAAUGGUUUGGUUUGGAAACCACAUCUGUUACUCUUAUCUUUUGCAUCAAAAAUUCUGGCUGAAGCAAAUGCUCUUCUUAAGUUACAAGAUAGUCCACCGGAAAAGCAAUACACAGCUCGCUCGAGAGGGCUACCAUUACCAUAUCUUCUUUCAUCCCUUCUGCAGUCAAGACCGCAGUUAAAGUUGCCUGAGGAGCAAUUCAGUGAUGAGGACAGUCUUGACGAGCCAUCAGAUUCUGGUGAUGAAACAGACCCUGAUGACUUACCGCCAUUUAAACCUUUGACAAAGGCCCAGAUUAGAAACCUUUCUAGAGCUCAGAAGAAAGCAUAUCUGGAUGAGAUUGAGUACCGAGAAAAGCUCUUUAUGAAGAAACAACUAAAGGAUGAGAAAAAACAACGAAAGAUAAUGAAGAAAAUGGCAGAAUCAUUAAAAGAUAUGCCAAGUGAUUAUAGUAAAAAUGUCGAGGAAGAAAGUGGGGAUACAGCUUCUGUUCCUGUUCCCAUGCCAGAUAUGUCCUUGCCUGCUUCCUUUGAUUCUGAGACUCCCACUCAUCGGUAUCGUUUUCUUGAUUCAUCCAACCAGUGGCUUGUAAGACCUGUCCUAGAAACUCAUGGUUGGGAUCAUGAUGUGGGUUAUGAAGGCUUAAAUGUAGAGAGAUUGUUUGUUCUUAAAAACAAGUUGCCCUUGUCUUUUAGUGGUCAAGUUACCAAGGAUAAAAAGGAUGCUAAUGUUCAGAUGGAAAUAGCUAGUUCAGCUAAGUAUGGAGAAGGGAAAGCAACUUCAUUAGGUUUUGAUAUGCAGACUGUUGGAAAAGACUUAGCUUACACAUUACGCAGUGAGACAAAAUUUUGUAAUUUUAGGAGAAACAAAGCAACUGCAGGUCUUUCAUUUACCCUCUUGGGUGAUGCGUUGUCAGCUGGAGUUAAAGUUGAAGACAAGUUGAUUGCUAAUAAGCAAUUUGAGAUUGUUAUUGCUGGUGGUGCAAUGACAGGGCAUGAUGAUGUUGCUUAUGGUGGCAGUUUGGAGGCCCGCUUGAGAGAUAAGAAUUACCCUCUAGGUCGCGCUUUAUCAGCGCUUGGGCUUUCUGUUAUGGAUUGGCACGGGGAUGUUGCUGUUGGGUGCAAUUUACAAUCACAAAUUCCCAUUGGACGGAAUACAAACCUUGUUGCGCGAGGCAAUUUGAACAAUCGCGCGGCUGGACAGAUAAGCAUUCGGUUAAAUAGUUCAGAACAGCUUCAAAUUGCUUUGAUUGGUCUCAUCCCUCUACUUAAGAAGAUUGUUGGUUAUUCUCAGCAAUUGCAGUUUGAACAUUGA